ACAUCACACUGCUUGUUGCAGCCUCCCAGCUGGAUGAUCCGUGUCUGCGGCUGCUGCUGCUGCUGCUGCUGGAGCUCCCUGUCCCUUCUCCUGUUGGUGGAAAGUAAAUCUGGGUGUCUUGCUGCGUGCACGGUGCUAUACCCUCUUUUCCGGCUGGGUGAUCUCCUGGGAUCUUGGAGUUUGCAGGAUCUCUGUGGAUUAUACCGUUUACCUCUCCUACCACAAAUCCAGACCUGAGAAUGGAGUGUCAGCGGCCGGGACACCGUUGAUCUGUAUGCAUGAUCACCCCACUGGGUGCCGGAUUAUUGGGGGGCAUCACUCCAAGCAAGCAACAAGUGAGAGUUGAGGGUGAGCUAUCAAACAGAUAUCCUCGGGAAUGCAGACUUGAGAUCUUAAACAUGGAUGAAGAGGAAGCCCUCAAUCUGAUCAUGAAGGACCUAGCUGCGCUGGGGAGGUGCGGAGGAUUACUGGACAGUAAUCGCAACAAAAAUAACAAGCAGCAGGACGCCAGGAUCAAGUUUGAAUACAAUGGAGAGAAAAGGAUUAUUGAGUUCAGGAGGCCAGUAAAACUCAAGGAUGUGCUGCAGAAAGUUACAGAUGUCUUUGGGCAAACAAUGGACUUGUACUAUGCAAACAAUGAGCUCCUUAUCCCCCUCAAGUCCCAGAAUGACUUGGACAAAGCCUUAGAAAACAUGGACAUGUGCUCUCACAAGAACUUGAAGAUAAUAGCGAAAGUGCCAAGUAAAAACAUAUACCUCCAGCCAAUUGGGACAAGGCAACACCAUGAGAUGAGGAUAUCAAAAUCCAUGGGAGACAUAUUGGGCUCUUUGUAUAAAGAUUCUGGAAAGAGCAGGAAGUGUUCCACAGGAUCUCUCCACACUGGACGCAGCUCUCCCCCUCCAGGCAGUGUCCCUGACGAACAGCAGCAAAUUGCCCGCCAGAAAUCUAUUACCAGCAUCAACAGUGAGGGGGAAUUCAUUCCUGAGGUGCUGGACUCUUUUAUUAGUCCGAGUGGUUCCCUGUCUAGUAGCUGCCAGUCCCUAGAUCAGUCUUUGGACAGCCCAGCGUUUUCUACGCCAGUUCCAAGAAGAAACGGUCUGCUCAAAGACAGCUUUGAUUAUUUAGCUUUUGAAAUUCCUAUGUACGAGAGGUUUGGUAAAGGAGGAACGUUUCCCAGACAAUAUCACCUUUCCCACAGCCGGAAGGAGUAUACUGACGGUCGACAGACGUUUCCAAGAAGUUACGUUCCUCCUGAAAAUCUGUUCCAGCUUGGUCCCAGCAGCAGAACAAGAAGCGUUAAUGGGGACAGCACAAUGCAAUUUGAGGAGUACAGAAAGACGAGGUGGACCAGCUCAGAGCAGAGCUUCCAGUUCUUACACUCGUCACAGACUGACCCCUGCACUACAUCCCCACAGGCUCCAGAGAACUGGAGGCUGGGUAAGCUGCUUGGAAGGGGAGCGUUUGGGGAAGUCUACCUUUGUUAUGAUGUGGACACUGGUAGAGAACUCGCAGUAAAGCAGGUGCCAUUUGACCCAGACAGUCAAGAAACGAGCAAGGAGGUGAAUGCUUUAGAAUGUGAGAUCCAGCUGCUGAAGAUUCAUAGACAUGACAGAAUAGUUCAAUAUUAUGGCUGCUUACGGGACCCCACCGAGAGGAAACUCUCCAUCUUUGUGGAAUACAUGCCAGGGGGUUCAAUAAAGGACCAGCUGAAAUCGUAUGGGGCACUUACAGAGAAUGUUACCAGGCGGUACACAAGACAGAUCCUUCAAGGGGUGUCCUACUUACAUAGCAAUAUGAUUGUACACAGAGACAUUAAAGGUGCCAACAUUCUGAGAGACUCAGCUGGGAAUGUAAAACUUGGUGAUUUUGGGGCCAGCAAACGAAUCCAAACCAUCUGUAUGUCUGGGACCGGAAUUAAAUCUGUGACAGGGACCCCAUACUGGAUGAGUCCAGAGGUGAUCAGCGGAGAAGGAUACGGAAGAAAAGCGGAUGUGUGGAGUGUGGCAUGCACCGUCGUGGAAAUGCUCACAGAGAAACCACCGUGGUCGGAGUUUGAAGCCAUGGCUGCCAUUUUCAAAAUUGCUACUCAGCCAACCAAGCCCCGGCUCCCGGAUAACGUUUCCGACUCCUGUAGAGACUUCAUGAAACAAAUAUUUGUGGAAGAGAAAAGGAGGCCUACGGCUGAGGAACUUUUAAGGCAUCCUUUUGUUAGUCAUAGUAUUUAAUUAUUUUCUGUCGCUGUAAAAAUGUAAACCAAAUGAAGGAUUAUAAACUGCACAAAGAGGAGCCCUCAGAUACAUUUGUCUUCCUACUGCUCGCAGCCCUCCAGGGGCCACAGAGAUCAUACUGGGAAAACAUCCUGUGGGACCAGCCUGGGGUUUGGUGGACACUACUGGAAGAGAAUGUAUUGCAUUAUCCACGUUCUGUAACAAUAAAUAAGAGGUCUGUUAUAUAUAUAUUCCAGCACAGGAGGAAGGUCAAGGGUCACCAGACAGAUAGCUUUAACUCCCCAACUAUGUGCUUUGAAUUUACUGUGCCUCUUAUUCCCAUUAAAACCAUAUUGGUGUAUUUAAAACAGUGAUGAGCAACAGCUGUGUGCAAAAGGCUUCUGAUGGGAAGCACACUUAGGCUUGGAGAAAGGUGCAUUACAAGUGCCGCUGUUACCUCUUAUGACAUCUGAGAAUCAGUGGAAGAUGAUCACACAGUGCCUCAUUGCCAUUGAUUCAUUUUUAUUGUUAUAUGAAUGUUUAGCUUUGUGCAUUGUAACGGCUUCGCUUUGCUAAUGAGCUUGUCAGUUAAGGAAGUGCCUCAAUCGGUGCCCUGAGAUUGGUGCAGCUGUUUUAAUUAGUGGCAUCAAUGUAGGCAGACAUGCCGCAUUAUAGAUUUUCAUACCGCCAGUGGCGGCUCCUACAUUUAGAUUUGAGCAUGGGGUUCUUAAUGAUGAUGUCACUCAGACUGAUGUCGGAUCUCAUCCGCCGCCAGCAUGGACUGUCUCUUUCACUACCGAGUAGCGAUUAUCGGGACCAGGCCUCACUGGGAGUGGCAUACGGUGGAGGAUUUUACCGGGGGGCUGCAGCCACAAGAUAAAAUCUGCCACUACAUAUCACUGUACCUCUAGGCUUCUCCCUCCCUUGGGAAUUACACAGAGUCCAAUUGCUGACUAACGUUUAAAUGUGUUUGUUAUGUUAGACUGACAUGCAGGAUGUCGAAAGUGACCAAGUCAACAUUCAUCAUGUCUACACGGAUGACAUGUCUACUUGAUAGAAUGUACACCUAACGUCUCUGGGGGCCCAGUGGUCACUAACUUGGUUCCAAUGGCUCCAGCUCGGCUUCUAGGUCCCAGCAGUCAAGUGACAAUCACUUCUAUCUCCUAACCCAAACCUUCAGCAUUCUGAGCAUGUCAACAUGUUGAACCAUGUCAACAUUCUAGUGUCAACAUUAUGAAUGUUGACAUGGUAAAUGUCGACAGUGUGGAUCCCGUUUAAAUGGUGUGCCUUAACCUGCUCUAUCUUUGACUCUUAAUUAGACUUGGUGCCAAAGUACUUUAGUACGUCCAUGCUAUAUUCCAAACUGUCUGUGUCUGAAGAGCAGCCAUUUUCUUGUAGCACACAUCUGCCUUAGUCUUCCCAGUAAUUCUUCAACGGUUGGAAAGUGUUUUGAUAUCCUCCCGAGUUCCACCCGGCCUCAGGAAUAUUCCUAGACUCUUCAGGGAGAUCACCACUAUUUCAUGGAGUCUCCCUGACAUUCAGGGAGAGUCAGCAAGUUUGACUUGUAUAAAGAUGCUAUGCAUAUAUCACUGUAGCAUAUUUUGUUGUGUUUCAGAGCUAUAUGAGGUAAAAUCUCUCUCCCCCAGCUCCCCCAAAGAAAAAGAAAAUUCCCAUAACCGUAUACUGAGCAUUGACCUUGGUUCAUACCAUGUAAGAUUGAUAUUUUGUCUAGUAAGCGCUUUUCAUCUAAUUACUAUUCUAUUUUUUCUCUGUAUUGGCACCAGCACCUUUACACUUCAACAAUGAGUGGAAUAAUGUAACCGAGAAGACCAAUAUGUUUUUUAACCCUGUUUUUCUUACAGACAUGUGAUGCAACAUAUAUUUUUUAAAGAACGAUAAAACAAAAUUUAGCAGUAGAGAAUAGCACUGGACUUAAAUUGGUAAAUCAAUAUAUAUUUUUACAUGAUAGAUGAAAUAUAUAUUUGUAUUUAUGACGCACCGUAUAAACCUUUGUGUGCAACAUAAUGCUGAAUGAGCUGAUUUCUGCAAUGUCCAUUUCCAUCAGUCAUGUUAUUGUUGUCUUUAAUAAACCAGAGUGACCAAAAUCAGGUAAUGAUAAAGAUCUCUUCACAGGACAUGUAACUUCAGAAUGUGAAACAUUGCUCGCCAUUAUAUGAUGAUGUACUACAGUGCCUUGGAACUAAGAAAUGCUUAUCAGCAGCAACUAGGUGGUUACCAAAAAGAUUUGUAAUAGUUUAAAUGGUCUAUACCAGGCAUGUCCAAACUGAGGCCCUCCAGCUGUUGUGAAACUACAUAUCCCAGCAUGCCCUGACACAGUUUUAAUGUCAGAGAAUGCUAAAGCUGUGUCAGGGUAUGCUGGGAUGUGUAGUUUCUCAACAGCUGGAGGGCCGCAGUUUGGACAUGCCUGGUCUAUACAAACGGAUCAUUUCUAUUUCAUCAUCUUUAAUUGUAAACCUAGAAAACACGUUGACUUUCCUGUAUCAGUCAGGGAAUCCGUUUAUAUUACAAUUUAUUUGUACUGUACAAUACAGAAUAGAGGCUUGUUUAAUCACAAAGUGAAAAUUUUGUGAGAUACUGUAGGCCCAAAUUAUCUAUGGAUUUCACAAAGGGGGUGUUUCUAUGUUAGGGGUAAAGCACAAAAAACAAGUAAGUGAGCAUCUGAACAAACCAUGUUUUUAUGCAAGAGGGGAGCAAAUACAUUUAUUUAGUUUUGCAUGCAGGGUAAAUACGGGCUGCUUUUGCGUGUAGCCCAAUGUUGAACUACUUUAUUUGAAUAGGAAUAAUUUACAUUUUAUUUUGGACACGUAUCCUCAAGGUUUGAUUUUGGACACACCCCCUCAAAUCUAAAUCUCUCUGCACAUUGUAAGUCUCCCCAACACCAGCAGUGCAACAUGGCUUGUCCCUGGUGCAAAGUUGCUUGCUUUUUUUGUUUUGCGUCCAACUCUGAGCCCCAGAAUAUCUGCAGUUGGGUCAGAGCUGGAUUAAAGAUGGUGUCACAAGGAAUCCUAUCACUGCCGUGGUGAUAAGUUGAUGUGGAUGGGGAACACUCCUCUCCUGUCACAUGACAGCAAUGAGGCUUGGAAGACACCGCCUACAAUAUUAUCUGCGCUAAAUAAUCGUUGUAAUGAAUAUUGUGCCUUUCUAGCUGGUAAUAUAAGCACACUGUCACAACUUGAGCAGAUUUCUGUGCUUACUGCAAUGUUUUGGAGCAUUUUAAUGUUCCUUUUAUCAAAAUCACCAAACUAUAAAGGCCUUCUGUGUAUGGACCUGACUCGCUUUGUUUACUUGAAAGUAAAUAAAAAAUAAAUAAAUUACCCAACAUUGGAUAAGGACGGGCUCACUCAAAUUGGUGAGUCUCCACGACAUUCUGGGACAGUAGACAAGUAUGCUUUAAGUAACAUUUGUAAUAAAGCUCAAAUUUGCUCAAAGAAAAGCAUCUGUGAUUUAUUAUCGUGGCCCUAAUAUUACCUUAUAGAGUGGCUUUUGUGAAUCUCAGAAGCAGUUUUCUGUCUUUUUGAAAUAUGUCUGUGUGGUAUGGGCAGUCGGCAGUGAUAUUACCAUGUGCAAUGAUGGUGGUAAGAAAAUACAACUCAUGAAGUUAGUGCAGGUAUUCAUGAAUUCAUUGGAACAUGACUGAAUCUUCUCUCUGUGAUAUCACCAAGCUAUCUGGUUGUGUCAUCUAGUCGCUGAAUCACUGCACAGAACAACUGCAGAGAAGGUUACACAAAAUGGAGAUAGAAGAGGCGAGGAUAAAACCGUACUGUCACAGGACAACCAUACUAGGCAAUAUUACUCCAUGCACUGUUGUAUCUUCUAAACGAGCGCUAUUUGGUACUCUGUUUUAUUGGAAAAAAAUAUGUAUGUUUGUACCUCAUAUAGCCUUUAAUAUUUCCAAACAAGUGAAUUCAACUUUAUAUUUUAGAUGUUCUAUUGAAAUAGGAUUUAUAGUGGGAUCAAUGAACUCAUGAGUGAGAGCCCUAUCACAUGUGCAUAAACUUGUAUAUAUUUAAAGAUGUGCACUGUAAGCAAUACACAUUAGCUAGAAUGGCUAGGCAAUCCCUUGCUAUAGCCAAAGCACACAUGACAAUGCAAUGUAAGAUGCGGGUGUCUGACCUCUCAUCCUUAUAAAUGUAGGAUGCUGGCACUUGCUACGAUGGAUUAUACUGUGCAUGUCACUAUACAUAUGAGCAAUAGGCCUUUCACGUGUUCAUCCUGCAUACUUAGCACACCGGAAGUCUGGCGAAGUAAGGCUGAUAGUAGCAAGCCUCUGUAAAUAAAGAAAAAAAAAACUUGAAUGUAUACAUUACAUGACCAAUGAUAUAACUUGCAUUUAACUUAUAUGUUUGAUGAUAGCUGAGAGCAAUACCAUAUUUGUGAUAAUCCGUUUCUGACAUCUUGAACAUUACUGUGGUCAGGAGUUAUAAAGGGAGAAUAUGAACAAAAAAAUAAGUUAAAUUUCAUUAUAUUUAGCUACUGUGCAAUGUCUCCUGUCGCCACUGUUUUCACACCUAGAAUUAUAAUGAUCUAAUAAAUCAACAGAAAAUAUUACUAUGGGACAGGGAGGCUGGAUCGUAUUUGGAUGCAUUAAUAAAUGCCAUCUUAGCGGUAGCUUUUAGUAAAGGUAACCAUUUAUAUUAGCGCUGUACAAGUAUGUACACGAACAGGCUGCUUAUGCUGGUUUAAGCCAAAUACUUAAAAAAAUAAAAUAAAAUGAACAGUCAAUAGAGCAUUUCAUUUAUUGGGGAACUGUAGCAGGCAAGCAAUUGUGGCUAUAGUAAUUUCUUGUUUAUGUUGUAAAUCCAGAUGUGAGAUCACAAUUUAGAAUUUUUAAAUGUCAAUUAUUGUUUAUGUAUUUUUUAUCCUUUAUCAUUUUGAUUAUUUUUUAAAUAAAAAUGUAUACAUGUAAGAAACCUUUGAAAAA